AUGGAAGCCCCCCCCCCCCCCCCCCCCCCCCCCCCCCCCGAGGGAUGGGUACAAAUCCAAACUAAUGGGUCUGUCCUCUCUCUCUCAGGAAGUGCAGCCGCUGGAGGGCUCAUCCGCGAUUGCCUAGGAAGAUGUCUUGUGGCUUUUGCAGGUAAUCUUGGGACCUGCUCGAUCACUGCAGCAGAACUUAAAGGAGCAGUGGUGGGACUUCAGAUGGCCUGGGACAGAGGUCACCGUAAAGUUCAGCUGAAACUUGACUCUGCUACGGCGGUGGCCAUCAUCAAGAACUGCGCAGAUGAUGAGCACAGACAUGGUCUCCUUGCGCAGCAUGCUUUCAAUCUUUUGAGUCGUGAUUGGGACGUUGUGGUCUCUCACGUGUAUAGGGAAGGAAAUAGAACAGCUGACUAUCUUGCUAGUCUUGGCCAUAGCUUACCUUUUGGAACACAUCAUGUUGAUGUGUGUAGCCCUGAUCUUUGUAGGUGGUUAGAUUAUGAUGUUAUGGGAAUUUCCCAACCUCGUCUUAUUAAUACAUGA